AUGGGCUUUGAUGAGGACAAAUCGUUAAAACUUUCGCGACUUUUUAAUAUGACGACAAUCACACCCCCAACCACGAGCUACAAGCCCCUCAGCGAGUUGACACUCUCCUUACCAAAUACGCUCUCAUUCAAAGCGUUCACUUCUCACGGCCGCGAUGUAGCCUUCCACUCUUACGCGAAUGAGCCCCCUUUGUUCACCAUUGAAGUCCCUGACAGCUAUCCUUCACCCGUCAGACUCCUCCUCCGCUCACCAGAGAAGGCCACCCUUGCGAAUUGCGAACCAGCUCAUACGCCAGGGUCUAGACCAGAGCGAUGGGAACUCGUCAUACCCUCGGAGACUUAUCAACAUAUGGGAACAGAAGGAAAGGGGAAAGUUACGGGAGAGAUUCAACAACUGAAUGCUGAGUCUCGGACUGUGAUGGAGAAGAUCGGAAAAGACACAUACCAAGUCGCAGCUCUAUGGCUUACGCAAUCCCAUUAUCAAACUUCAGCACCAAAAAUGCCAUUGCAAACGACCUAUAGGUGGCAAAAACAGGAACAACAAUCCGCGGCGUCGACAACUUUCUCAAAUCCUGAUUGGAAGCUCACUAAUCCGACGACUGGAGAAGUACAUGCUGUAUUCUUCGAGCGUUGGAGUGCAACGGAGAGAGGACAGAUGCAAUUCAGAAGAAGCUUUGGGCGCGAGUGGGAGUUGACUGUCGUGCUCAGUGUUGGUAUGAUAGUUGAAGAAGGGAGGAGGAGGAAGCGAACGAGGGGUAAUUUCGCGAUGGGGUUUGCCAAGGGACAUGGUGGUGCUAGUUUUUGAAUUGACGACCAUCAUCCGUCUACUUUCACAUGUUGCGUUGUGAUCUGCAUG